AUGUCCAGUUAUGACAAAGUCUAUCAUGAGCAGAAAAGUAGUGUUGGGCUUGUUGGAAUGUUCUCUGCAGAGGAAUUCUUGCUACGUGGGAGGAAAAAGAGGAUGGAUAGUAAUAACUGGAGGCCAGCUGCUCAAGGUGUUGAGCAGAUGGCGAUUGACGCCGGCGAUUGGAGGAGUCAGCUGCAGCAAGAUUCUCGACAGAGGAUUGUUAACAAGAUGUAA